AUGGACCAAGCCAACGUGGGAUCUUCAAGAUGGACACAGUCGUUUCAUUACGCCGAUGAGGGUCGCUCCUUGAUCGACGCUUUGGACUUGGCUGGUGACCGCAAUAACACUACUGUCGGGUGUCCGUUACGGCGCGGACUUACAGAGAGUUUCCGGUCGACGCCAGAACUGAGAACUGACUCACCCGUGAACAACCCGGUGGUAAAGUUCGACUCGCCACCAGUGCCACCUGUUAUUACGACUGCGGAGACAGAUGACCAAACUGAAAGGCUAAAAUGCCUGCAGCCACGUUAUGGUCUUUCCUUGAUCCACGCUUUGGACUUGGCCGUGGAUCGCAGGAUCACUACUGUCGGGUUUCCGUUACGGCCGCUGCGAGAACAUGCAGUAAUUUUUCGAUCUUCCGCAGAACUGAGCAUUCGCUCGCCCGUGUACGGACCAGUGAAGUCUGUUCCACCUGUGGAAGCUGAAAUUCAGCCGAAUCCUGCACGGUCUGAUCGUCGCAGAUCAUCACUAUGGAAGAGGUCCAAAAGAUUCAUGUGGAAAUCCAUGGUCAACGCUGGACGCAGAAUAUGCUUCUGCCAGAGUUUUGUUGACCUGGAAUGA